AUGGACUCGGCGAGUACAUCACAAAAUCCCACUGCACAGAUUCCUGAAAAACUUUACCAGCCUCCCUUGCCAUACCCAACCCGAGCUAAGAAGGAGAAGCAGGAAGAAGAGUAUCAGAAGUUUCUAGAUCACAUCAAGACUCUUCAAAUCAAUAUACCCUUCAUUGAAGCCGUCAUGCAAAUGCCCAAGUAUGCAACAUUCCUCAAGGAACUUCUCACCAAUAGAAAGAAGAUGGAAGAAGUGAAGAAGGUAGUACUCAAUGAAAACUGCUCAGCUGCUAUGCUAAAUAAGCUACCAAAGAAGAAAGGUGACCCGGGGAGCUUGACUUUACCUUGCCAAUUUGGCAACUUGACCAUCAUUCAUGCCUUAGCCGAUUCGGGAGCAAGUGUGAAUCUAAUGCCAUAUUCAUUCUUUAAGAAGCUGGAUCUCCCGGAACCAAGGCCAAUUCGCAUGGCAAUACACUUGGCCAACAAAACAGUCACCUUCCCAAGAGGCAUAUGCGAAGACAUACUAGUUAUGGUGGACAAAUUCGUCUUUCCCGCUGAUUUUAUUAUUCUAGACAUGGAGGCGGAUCCACAAGUGCCAAUUAUCCUUGGAAGACCUUUCCUCAACACGGCAAGUGCUAUAGUAGACAUGAGGAACUCAAAGCUCACCUUGCGGGUAGGAGAAGACUCAGUCACAUUCGGAGUGGACCAAGCCAUGAAGUAUUCAAGGCACAGUGACGACACAACAUUCUCAAUCGAUAUGUUAGAUGAAUUGCUGGAGGAAGGCAUAACUAAAGAUUCCAUCAAGUUCAUAGCUGAGGAUGAAGAAUUUGAUCCAGAAAAAGACUUGAUGGAAAUUGAAAGACUGCUGGAAGAAGCCGACUACGAAGAAUUGGUAAAGAGCACAAACAAUCAACAUGGAAGAAGGAGCAAAGCCGGUUGUACAGCACCAAAGAAGACUGAACCCGAAUAUGCAAGAAGUAGUCAAGAAGGAAGUGGUCAAGCUCUUAGAUGCGGGAAUUAUAUAUUCCAUUUCUGA